CCCCUCUAACUCAGCCUCCUUCCUUCCAUCCCUCCCUCUCCCUCCCUCAUUCUCUCCCUCCCAGCACACAAUACAAGGGACUAAACAAGUGUUAAAGAAACAAAAUAAGAGGAUAAGUAGCAGGAAGGAGGUGGUGAAGCUUGAUGAAGCUUAGCCUCUCGUAGAGAAGAAGAAACUGUCUUCAAAGUAACUAAUUAGCAGGACAGAGGUAUGUGUAGUGGCUGAGAAAAUGAAUCGUCAAGAGUAUACCACAGGGACACUACAUGCAUCCAGGGUUCUAAAAGAGCUGUCAACAUUUCGACAUUUUGCAGCUCUUUGUGAUGGUACGGUGAAGCUCUCUGACGGAACUGUGAAAGUUAGCAAAGCUCUCCUAGCUGCUGGCUGUCCAUAUUUCAAGAUUCUUUAUGAAUUUGAGGAGGAAUCACAGGGUGGCUUACACCGUACAGCUGAACCCAAGUUGGAUAUUACCUGUAAAACAUUUGAACUUAUACUGGAUUUUAUUUAUACGGGCCGAGUCAUCCUAGAUAAUGAUAACAUUCAAGACAUAUUACAAGCAAGUGAUCUCCUCCUCAUGACAGAUUUAAAGGAACUGUGCAUUAAGUUCUUGAUGGCCAGAAUUGAUGUGGACAACUGUUUGGGAAUACUACAGUUUGCUCAACAGUUCUCCUGUCCACGUCUUGUUCAUUUUGCCCAAGACUUCAUCUGUCAACAUUUUAAGCAUAGGCAAAUUGUACGAACUGAAGAGUUCCGUAAUUUGAGUGAGGAGCGCUUGAAAGAUCUCCUGUCUCAAGAUGGACUCACAGUAAAGUCAGAAGUGGAUAUCCUCACUGCUCUUGUGGUGUGGCUGAAUUCCAACAUCACAGCAACACCGGAUGUUGAAUCUCUAGUAACUGGUUGUUUACGAGAGUCUAAUGAUUUGAAGUAUGAUCCAAAAUUUCAACGAGCUUUACAAGAUCUUCGAGCUUCCAAUCCUCCUUGGGACUCUCCUGGUGCAAAAAGAGUAUUAGAUGCUCUUAACAAGACAAGGAGAAUCAGAUUCAUCAGAGAGAGAGGAAUGAAGACAGUACUGGCAUGUGCUGAUGGUAAUGCUAACAUUUAUCUAGUGGAUAUACUUGGUUCAGGGAAACAUGCAGGAGCUCAUGUCCGGGUGGCACCAAUGUGGUUCCCGAGGAUAAAACCUGCACUGGUUGUUGAAGGUGGAUAUCUUUUUGCCCUGGGUGGAAUUAGUACAGACAGAGUACUUCAGAAUGAUGUUCAGCGAUAUGAUCCUGUGUCUAACACCUGGAUUCUGAUGUCUCCUAUGCCCUUUUCUUGUUGCUCACCACGAGUUGUAGCACAUGCUGGAAAACUUUACGUUUUGGGGGGAUAUAAUAAUGAGGUAGAACUUGAAAUUUCAAAUCUUGAAGAAUUUGAUAUUUAUGCUAAUAAAUGGAGGACCCUGCCUUCUAUACCCAAUGUACGUAGAGGGGCAGCAGUAGCAGUGUCGGAUGAAAAAAUAUACUAUAUUGGAGGAUCUCCAUGGCAGGAGCUGCCAGAUGGAAGUCCAUUUUUCAGGGUGUUAGAUGCUGUAGAAAUCUUUUGUAUAAAAGAAGAGAUUUGGGUUGCUGGGCCUCAGCUCAAAGAACGUCGAAGUUAUGCUACAGCAAUUAGUCACGGUGGAAAUAUCUUUGUCAUUGGAGGUGCCAGGCCUAUUGAAUGCCCAAGUGCACAAGGCCAGCUCAAGGUAACAGGAACAGAAGCCCUCUUCAGUGAUUCUCCAAUGGGUUGGACAAUAUUGUCUAAACUUCGAGUCCCCAAUGAAGCCAAGAUCUCAACUACAGCAUUGGCAAAUAAUGAACACCUGGUAAUUGUAGGAAAAGGUGACUCAUCUGACAUUAUGCGAGACAAUUGCUUCGUAAUGGAAACAUCUGGAUGGACCUUUCCUCCAGGAGUAGAGAGUAUAUUGACUUCAGGGACAAAUAUAUUCUUUAGCUAUGCUCUUCUUACAUUACCUACAGCUGCCAUGCAGGAUUUAUUUUCUGAUGAUAGUGAAUAGAGCAGUAUUAAUAGCUGUUAAAUAUAUGCAGCUUUUAUAAGCAUAUAUUUUUAUAUAUACAUGUAAUUUUAUUUCUUCCUAGGUAGUAGGUUGGUAGACAGCUACCACCCAGGGAGGUACUACCGUCCUGCCAAGUGAGUGUAAAACGAAAGCCUGUAAUUGUCUUACACAAUGGUAGGAUUGCUGGUGUCUUUUCUGUCUCAUAUACAUGCAAGAUUUCAGGUACAUUUUGCUACUUCUACUUACACUUAAGUCACACUACACAUACAUGUACAAGAAUAUUUAUAUAUAUACACCCCUCUGGGUUUUCUUCUAUUUUCUUAAUAGUUCUUGUUCUUGUUUAUUUCCUCUUAUCUCCACGAGGAAGUGGAACAAAAUUCUUCCUCCGUAAGCCAUGUGUGUCGUAAGAGGUAACUAAAAUGCCAGGAGCAAGGGGCUAGUAACCCCUUUUUCUGUAUAAAUUACUAAAUUUAAAAAGAGAAACUUCUCUUUUUCUUUUAUGGGCCACCCUACCUCAGUGGGAUAUGGCCAUUUUGUUGAAAGCAGCAGCAGUACAGUUUGGAGCAGUCAUAAUUCUCUAAUGUAUACUUUAGACACUGCAAGCAUUUCCUUUCUAAAUUUCAAACAGGUUUUGUUAGUGGUUAUGCUGUUAUUGUCUGUAUCCCCCCCCCCCCUUAAUCAAAAUCCACACUGGUACUUCUGUGAAAGAAAUAGGCUAUUUGUAGCUCAGAGUUAAUAACACUGAUUAUUUAUAAGCAUUGUAGAAUGUGAGAGAGAGAGAGAGAGAAAGUGGAAGCAACACUCUAAAGUCUUGCAGUAAUGAUGCACUUAUUUUUAAUGGUGUAUUUGGGGUCAGCCUAAGGUAUGGGAGUUAAACAUGUAGCUCUAGUUCCUUAGAAAGUGCCCUCUUGAAGGCUAAUAUUCAUUUAAAUAACUAACCCCUCUAACAGUUUCACAUAAGAUCUUGUUAAAUUUAAUUGUUUUCAGCACUCUUAAGUUCUGGCAAAACACUUUCCUAAUACAAAAACCUGUAUAUAAUGGAAAGCUUCUACGAAAAAUUCUUUACCCGAGGAAGGCUCCUAGAUUCUGGUAAGGGGCUUUUUAAUCUAAGGGAUUGGACCUAUGCUGCUUUUUCAUUUGAUUGAAGCUGAAUGCUUCCCAUUCCUCUAGGCCCUAUAUGACCCUCCCAGUUUAGCAACCCCCUCUCCCCCCCCUACUCAGUGUAAUUAUAACAGUACAGAAUAUCCCCACAAAUAUGUCUACAGAAUAUUGAACCAUCAAGAUAGUAGUUCCAAGGGAAAUAUAGUAUAGGUUGACCAUCACUAAUCCAGCAUCAUUGGGACCUGUAGGGUGCCGGAUUAGUAAUUUUGCCAGAUUAUAGAGUGGUUAGGUUAGAACACACUUAAUGUCAAUAUCCACCAAACUAUUCUGCUAGUAUUCCUUCUAUUCUGUUGCUCGAUUACAAGAAACUGCCCGUUUACCUAUUUCAACUACCCAGUAAAGUGGUCAGGAAUCAGUAAUUUGGCCAAUUUCACACAAAUUUCAAGAGUUGCAAAUUUCAAAAUAGGGUCCAGAAUAAACAACACAGACAUAACUGUCACUAAAAUAACAUUUUCUCUGUUCAUUAGUCAUGUCUCCAGGCUCCUCUUAUAUUACACUUGCUUUCCAUUUUGAAUUUUUAUUCACACAAAAAAUAGAAAAUUUACUGUUAUGCAGACUACUGCAUUAUUGGAAUAAUUGUAUAAAUAAUGUCAACUCAUUUGUGACUGUGUUAGACUGGCACGUUGGGCAUGUAUUGGACGGUGACAUCAUUUGUUUACUCUUGAGCAUUAGCAAAAAUCAAACGUUUCUGCUACUUUGAGCUCAAUUUUGAGGUUCUGGCAUGAAACCAAUCUUCCAUUCUAUCAAGAGAGACCAAAAAAACGAGAAUAGAACCAUACGAAAAUACACUGCAAAACUCACCGUUUUACAUCAAAAGCAUGGUCACCAUUUUUUUUCCUCUUUAUGCACUAUGCUGCAGGAUUUUUUACAUCGUUCACUUUUACCCCACAGACUUAUUCUCUCAUAUGUAGGCCCAAAUGUACUGGUCACAGCUUAUCUGAGUGAGCCGAGUUCAUGGCAGCUGACAGUGGCUUCAAAGUCACCUCAUCUUAUAUGGACAAUAUAUGGUGUAUGUGCUUGACUCAGCGAGAAGCCUUUCUUUUAUUCAUUGGAACCAUGGCUAGGGCUAAAAGUGAGCAGGUUAUAAAAAUAGAGAAAGAAAUUGGAAUGACUACAGCAAGUAGCGCCACAAAACAGUAGCAGCUGGUUGGCGAGGCAACCCUGGAAAUUUGAAAUUACACUAGCCGAAUUACUGAUUGCUGGAUUAGUGAUGGCCAACCUGUAUGUGAAGAAAUUUAUACAGCAGACAGACCCUUACAGGUUUAGUGCUUACCUACCUUUAUUAUUAAUGACAAACAUAAGUUAUGGUAAAUACAAUGUAAUUGUUCACUUCAUUAUGAGGCUGUUUAAUUAUGAAAUGUACAUUCUGUAAAUUUGAUAUGGAAAUAAAUAAAACAAAGAUA